AUGUCGUGGCUCGACUGUUUGAAGAUCAACAUCCUUCUACUCUUCAAGAAUAAAUUCCGGAACAAGUUGUUGCACGAGACGUUUCACUUGAAGGAUGCGCCCGCUAUGCCAGCGUUUCGAAAGAAAACGCCUCAAGUGAAAGAGAUCGACCUCCCACCCGUGCAGACAUUCAUGAGUCUAGCCGUGGUCAAACUGCGCGACCGAAAAUUAACGAACCGAACCAAGAUAGGCUAA